UAUAUACUCUAUUUCUCUGGUGUUUUGAGCGGUUCCUAGACAGAAAAUUGAUUAAAAUUUAAGCAGGUUUCUUUCUUUUCUUUGAAGAAGAUCGAGAAGAUGGUUCCUAUAGGCUUCAGAUUCAGUCCCACCGAUGAGGAGCUUAUCGAAAUCCUGAACCAGAAAGUAUCCGGGAAUACUACCAUGGCGCCUUUGGAUUUCAUUGUUGAAACAAAUAUUUAUGAAUUCGAGCCGCAAGAUCUUCCAUGGAUUCAAAGUGUGGCCUUUAACAAGAACGAAAAGUAUUACUAUUGUAAGAGGGAAAGCGAUUCAAGAGAAGUGAGGAGUCGAGGAUGGUGGAAGGCAACAAGCCAUGUGAAGACAAUUUCUGAUAAUGGACGAGUGGUGGGUUACAAAAGACCCCUAACAUUUCACAAGUUUAGGGAUGACCAAACAAAACGCAAAGAUGCGAUCAAGACUGAGUGGAUUAUGCAUGAAUAUGUGCUUCAAUCCAUUCCAACGGAGUGGAGACUCUGUAAGAUUAUGUACAAAGGAAAAGAAAGGCUUGAAGAAGACAAGGAAAACGUCAGAAAUGACAAUCCAAUGAGUUCAAAAGCUGGAGUUAGCAGUAGUUCCAUAAAUCCAAUGCAGUUGGAUUACUUUGCUUUUGAGGAGCAGCAGCCAUUGCUGCCGCCAUUAGCUGUAAACAAUGAUUAUGAAAAUUAUUUUUGGUCAUUCUCUUCAUUUGAUGAUCAGCUGCAGCUGCAGGAAUUGGCGCAGCCAUCCUCUUCAUUUGACCCAAGUUCUUCGAUGCCAAUACUCACACCAAGCUAUUAUGAUCACUUUGCCCAGGAUGACAACCAGCAACCAUUUCCAGACUUGUGGUCCUAG